AACGGACGAUCACUCCGCCCGCAGUUUUUUGUUUUUUAAAGACAGCGCGAAUCGACCGCAUGUUUCGGAGGAAAACAAGCGCCGACAGCUCAGCUAGCUAGCUUUCAAUGUAGCUAACAGGUAAGUAGCUUAGCAAAUCUUUACUUCGGUUUGUCAUGGCGGAGGGUAGCGGUAACGUUAACGUCGGUCCGGCCAACCUUCCUCCGGGAGACCCGCAGCUGAUCGGUAUGAUCGUGGAGCAUCUGAAGAACCGGGGGCUUUUUGACGAGUUCCGUCGGGACUGCCUGGCCGACGUUGAUACGAAGCCUGCCUACCAGAACCUGCGACAGAAAGUUGACAACUUUGUCACGUCGCAGCUGAGCACACAGGACUGGAACCCGUCUAUCAACAAGAACCAGAUGAGGAACGGACUGAGGCAAAGUGUUGUCCAAUCAGGUAUGCUGGAGUCCGGCGUGGACAGGAUCAUCACUCAGGUUGUGGACCCCAAGAUGAACCACACUUUCCGGCCGCACAUAGAAACUGCCAUUCAUGAUUUCCUGUCAGGGGACAGGAAGGAGGAGAACACCUUGAGUUCUAACUCGGCACCGUCUGAACAGACAGAAACACAGGAGGCCCCGCCAGCUUCUGGUCCCAAAACCCCCAUAAAUAGAAAUACAAAACUUCGGUUAGUCUCAGUCAUGCCGGCGAACCUGUCCGCUGUGUUUUUUCUGCUCCUGGCCUGUCAACAGGUGCUGACCGUGGAUCCGCAUGAUGUCCAGGAGAGACAAGUGAGCCAGACCAAAAGACGCCUUUCUCUGCAGAGCACAGCUGAGAUUCAGAGUUGCCUGGUGAGUUCAGGGGAUGUCGGCUGUGGGAUGUUUCAGUGUUUCAACAACAACUCCUGUGAAAUCCAAGGGCUGCAUCACAUCUGUCUCACUUUGCUGCACAACGCCGGACGCUAUGACUCGCAGGGCAAGUCAUUUGUGAAGGAUGCGUUGCGGUGCAUGGCGCUGGGUCUGCGGCAGCGCUUCAGCUGUGUGAGCCGCCGGUGCUCAGCGGUAAAAGGGAUGGUGUUCUCACUCCAGAGAGAGUGCUACUCCAAACACCAGCUCUGCCUGGCGCUACGGGCCCACUUGGACACCAUGGGCAACCUGGUCCAGUUCCAAUUGAUGUUUCCCCCGGGACCGUAUGUGGAACUGAUGAACUUCCUGUUGAAGUGCGGGGAUGAGGUCAGGUUGUGGGUCAGCCGGCGGCUGCGUGGACAGUGCGAGCAACACUGGGGGGCGCUGUGCAGCAGCUUCGGCAGCACCUGCUCUCUCAGCCAAUUGGAAGUUCCUCAGCACACCACCGCCCCACCACCCACCGCACGCUGGCCUAUCACUGCGCAAGGACCCCUGCAGCAGCCAACCAGAGCGGCCGAACUUGAGGACAUGAGCAGGCUCAGUCAGAUCGAAAACGCAACCGAAUCUGGUCUCCCCAAGUCUGAGAAAUCCAAUGUUACUGCUUCAUAAACAGUCAGGCGAGUCACACAGAGGUGCAGACAGGGUACACAAAAAUUAUGCACUUAAUAUUAUAUUAGUAGUAGAAUGAGUAGAAGUAGUGGUAGUAGUUCAGUAUUCAGUAUAGUAUUGCUGGCAAAAGCAAUGCAACAUAUUUUACUUUACAUUUGACUUUGAACAAGGAUGAAAACCAAUUAUCUACCUCACUUCAACAUCACAGUAAACCACAGUGGCUGCAUCCUUCAGCAAAGAGCGUGGACACACACAAGUAAACACUACAGGGAAUUUGUCUCUAGCUCAAGCAGCUGAUAGCUCAAAGUCAGUCUUAUACCUAUUUAAGUCUGUUUUUGUAUUUAUGAGGAUUGUUAUAUUAUGCUCACUAUCAAAACGUUAUCUUGUAGACAGUCAGGGUGCAGUCUGCAGGAAGGGAAGCACUCUUUGGUUAUGACGUUUUAAAAAUGUAUUUUUGAUGUUCUACUUGAACGAUCACAUUUCAUACAGACCCCAGGUUUCAAGCUAUUUUUUGUAAGUUUUUAUUUAAGUGAAUCUGAAAAUACAUUUGUAAGCAUUUUGAUUUAAAUUAAAUAAUCACGAUGAUGUCACUGGA